AUGGCAUUCUAUUGCCUGGCGUGGGGACCCAAACCGUAUGAUGCCGAUGCUGUGAGUACCGAGUGCGGUAUUGUUGCUUUCCUCGCUCUCGGUGAUGGUUGGCACAAUUGGCAUCAUACCUUCCAAUGGGACUAUGCUGGUGCUGAGCUGUCCGCUCUCAAGCAAUUUAAUCCCACCAAAAUUUUCAUCGACAUAAUGUAA